GUGAAUUAGGGAGAAUUCAAGUGAAUUAAAAAUUUCGCAAAAAUGUCAAAGAACUCAGUAUAAAUUAAUAAAAAUACAAGGUGAAUUCCAAAUCACUUCAUAUCUUUAAACCCCUGCGAAACAAAUUAUUUAAAAUCCACUACAAUAUGAUAAAAUCCCGCGAAAUUCUAAGAUGACAUUUUAUGAAACCCUAGAAAAUGCACUAAAAUACGUUGAUGUUAAUUAACAAAAUUUCCGAAAAUUCUAAUUUAUUUUAUCACAUAGGAUUGAAAACAAAUCUUGAUCAAUUUGAUGAUUUUUUCCAAUUUUUCUACUAUCAUUGUUCUUUUGUUUUAAUUUUAAAUAGCUACAAAUUGAGAGCUCGGGCGAUUUUGACAGAUAAGAAACUUCAGACAUCAAUAAAGAUAAAUUUCCAAUGCAGAAUAGAUCAAAAAGCAAAAUUUUUGUGGGAGUUGCUUCUUUAAUAAGCAGGAAAUCACCGAAUCAUAAAUAUGAGUAUUAACGCGGAUAAGGGUGAUAACUUGGAACAAAUUUACGCAUGGCUUGACGAAAUUCCUUUCUCUCGACCCAAGAAAAACACAGCAAGAGAUUUUUCUGAUGGGGUUCUGAUGGCCGAGCUAUUAAAAAAAUAUUAUCCCCGACUGGUUGAUGUCCAUAAUUACAUUCCUGGUAGCAGUAUAGCGAAAAAAAUUGAUAAUUGGUGUACUUUAAAUCGCAAAGUUUUGUCCAAGAUUGAAAUGAAACUUUCAAAGGACAUAAUCGACAAGUUAGCAAAUUCCCAAGCAGGUGUAAUUGAACAUGUUUUAACCGAUCUCCAUUUAAAAAUUUCGAAGGACUGUAAUGCCGAUACUGAAACCUUGUACAGUGAAACGGAAGAAAAAGGAAAAGAGUUCGCUAGAAAUGCAAUAAAUCCGGAAGUGGUCGCGGAUAAAACAGUGCCUCGUCAUAUCUUUAUGAAACUGAAACAUGAGUUGCAAGAAAAAAAGAAUGCGAUCAAUAUGUUGAGUGAAAAAAUCUCACAUCUUGAAAGCAUGUUAAAACUCAAAGAUCAAAGAAUAAAUGAUCUUACUGCUCAAACUACAGGAUCUUCAGAUUUAAAACCUUCAACUCCUGCUGUUCUUACCGGAACCCCAAAAUCCCGAAAAAGUAAAAUGUAACCUUUUUCUAAACCUGCACUUUGUCCUGGUUUCCAAAAUUCCUUGGCUAACGCCAAAACAAAAUCCAAGAGCAAAAUACUUGUAAGUUUGUUA